ACUGUUUUCUUUGGGAUUGUAAUACUUAACGAGUGAUAACUGUCAAUGAAUAGAAAACAUAAACUUUGUGGUUUGCAUGCGCGUUGGACGAAAAUGGCAAACGUUGCUUGUUGAAUUUUUGUCUUAAAUACAUCUCGAAAGCCGUGAGAAAAUACUCUUUAUUUAUAGUUUAUUUCGCAAACAAAUAGGAACUCCAAUUUUGAUAUACAAUAAUAUAUUUGGCGAGCCUUUUGCGGUAUCAAAAAUAACUAUGCGUAGCAGAACAGAACUAGUCACACAUCAGCUGGAAGGAUCGGAAUUCGAAGAUGAAUCGGACUUCGAAGAUUCGGAGGAAGAUUGGCGACCGGCUAAGGGAGAUCAGAAAACUAAGAAAAUCAAAACCGUUGGCCGCGGCAGGAAAUCAGCCGGUGGAAGCAAAAAUGGAAGUGCUAAGCGAGGCCGUAAAUCAGUCAAAAAAUCAAAAAAGUCCAGUGAUGAGGACCUCAGCGAAGACGAUGGGAUAUCUGAACCAGAGAUCUCUCCUGCAAAAAAGUCUAAAAAAUUGGCUAACAAACCAAUGAACUUGGAUGAUUCAACAACCGAUUAUUCGAAUGCUUCCGGUGCUCCUCAACCAACAGAAACGGUGGUUUUCAAAUCGGAGCCGAAUACGUCAGUAUUUGGAUCUAUCUCGCAAGCUGUUGCUUCUCCAACGCCCAAACCUCAGCCCCUCCAACGGAAGGUCGUUACUCCUGUCAAAAGCUUUCCGGACAAGUGUGGCUUUCUGAAUUUGUUCAUAUUCAAGGGCGAUCUGAAGGAUGGAAUUGUUAACAAUUCCCAGGUCUGUUUGUGGCGACGGGAUGGCUCAAGCCUGUUGCAAAAAUAUCUACGGGAUAAAACUGUAGACUCCGAAAUCCCACAAUUUAAUUCUUCCAUGGUGUACUCAUGUUGGGAGGACAAACGAGCCAAUGAGUACGUGGAGGUCAAGGUGCGGUGCCUCGAGCAGUCCAAACAAAUCCGAGUCGAACUGACAGAUGUGGAUGAGCUGGAGGAAAAAUCGAAGGCAGAGUAUGAAAACUAUGUUGCCACUUAUGGGGCCCCGGUGGCUUGGUCCGGCUCAGCUCAGCAGGACGAUGACGAUGAUGAUGACUGCGAGGAGGACGACAUCAUGGACGGGGCGGCCGGCGAGGAAGACGGCGGCGAAGGCGAAGAGUUCGACGAAGAUGACGAGACUGAAGAAGUUGCACAGGAGGAAUAAGUUGGCACAAGAAAUCUAAUCUUGAGCUGACAUGAGAAUCCUAUUUAGUGAAAAUGGCCAAACACUGGUUGGAGGCAAUCCUAGUUUUUGGAAUAGUGUGUGAACAAUUUUGUAACUGUAUGCAAACGUGCAUACACUCUAUUCUAACUGUUCCGUAAAGCGUACUGAUUGUGCUAAUCACAUCGAGUAGUAUUUAUAGAUACCAGAGUAAACAUAGAUCUUUCAAAGUAAUAGAGCAAAGGUCCUUUCUAACGCCUUUGUAAAAUAGGUCAUGCAUAUUCGCAUAUUUCCACGCGACCGAACUAUGUUUGUCUUGUAUCUAUAAUUUGAAAUAUCUCGCAAUAGUUCUAACUUAUAAGUUUAUAAUUUUAUAGAAUGAAUGUGCUACUUUUAGGAGAACGCAAACCGGUGAUUAUGAAGAACAUUUUUUCUUUAAUUUUAUGGAUUAAAUUAUUUUCAUAUGUACCAGUGUAUUCGAACCGAUAAAAUAUUCAUUGUUUUAAAUGGAAAAAUAUCAAUACUGCAAUAUGUAUAAACUAAGAAUUCAUGGAAUAAAUUUUCGUUGAAAUCGAAACGAA